UUCUUCUUUAUUCAGAAACAAAUUGUCAAAAAUUUAAAAAUAUCACAAAUGACUUGGAGCAAAACAUGUGCGUUAUAAAAACACUAAAGAAACAGUGACGUUAAAGAAGAGACAAACAAAUCUUUUUUUUUUUUUACUUCAAACGAAGUGUUUUGAUUGUGAUCGUCAUUCGUGGAUUGUAUCUAGAGCGAGUGCGCGAAGAUGCACACGAUUUUCAGCGAAUCGCAAAAUGCAUACUAUCGGCACGCGGCGACGGUGCCGAUGGGCAUGGGCGCGACGUCGUAUCCGACGGUGGGCGCCCAUGGGAGCUAUUACGAGCAAUAUCGUUACGGUGGCUACGCGGCUACCGGCUACCAUCCGGUGUCGGGUAUCGGCCAGCAACAUAUUCAUCAUUCCGGCAAGGAUAUGGUAAAGCCACCCUACUCUUACAUCGCGCUUAUCGCGAUGGCCAUCCAGAAUGCACCCGACAAAAAGAUUACCCUGAAUGGUAUUUAUCAGUUCAUCAUGGAUCGUUUCCCCUAUUAUCGUGAGAACAAACAAGGCUGGCAAAAUUCCAUUCGGCAUAAUCUCAGCCUUAACGAGUGCUUUGUGAAAGUGCCGCGGGACGAUAAGAAGCCCGGUAAGGGUAGUUACUGGUCCCUCGACCCGGACAGUUACAACAUGUUCGACAACGGUUCUUAUCUCAGGCGUCGCAGGCGUUUCAAGAAGAAGGACGCGUUGAAGGAGAAGGAGGAGGCGAUGAAGCGACAGGGGAUUCUACCGGAGAAACGUCAGGAGGACACCAAGUCCGGUAGUAGUCAGGUCGCGUUGCCGCCGUCGGACACUCCUACGAAGAAGUUGGGUGCUCUCGAGACCACCGGUCUGUGCAAGCCCAAGCGGGAACCGGUGAACGAUAAUCAUUGCAUGGCUGCGGCAGCGGCCGCAGCGGCGGCGGCGGUUCAAGUUAGUAAAUACGGCCUACACAGCCCCAUACAGGAGGACAAGACCUCGACGGCGACGGUCGCGGCGUCCGGUCAGAGCGUGAUCCAGACCGCCCUGGGUCAUCAGGUGCACCAGACACAUCAGGUACAUCAGGAAUCGAUUCAGGACGUGUCGAUAGCCGGCCUGGACCCGACCAGCUUCAGCGUCGACGCCCUGAUGACGACGCGAGAGAACAGCCUGAUGACGCGCGAUAAUCAGCACCACUCGCACCACCCGCACGGCCUCCAGCACCCGCACUCGAUCAUGAGCAGCAGGGAGUCCAUGGGCAAUGGCAGCAGGGAUCUGUCGUCCGCUGGCACUACCACGACCACCACGACGGCCGCGGUGGCGGCGAUGAUGGCUACCAGCGGCUACGGGCACACCAGCACCGUUUCCAGGGGCAACGCCUCGCCGCCCGGCACCAUGUACACGCCGUACUGCGCACCGGCGGCAGCCGGAUACGCCAUCAUGGACCACGAAUACAACACGGCGCGGAAUCACGCGAGCAACGCCGUCGGCCACUCGCAGUGGUAUCAGGAUGCCAGUCCCGAUACAGCGAUCUAUCAGGACACCCAGUCCCCGAGCUGCCAGCUUUACAGGUCCAGCCCGUCGACGCCACUUUCGACGGGCCCGCCGCCGUCCCCUCCGCUGUACCACAGAUAUUAUCAAGACUGCAACGCCGUCAAUACCAGCGGUAAUCUGCCGAUAACGCUGCAAAAGUACUGAGAAUAUCGGAAUUCAAGGUCCCACCAGCGGAACCUUGAAGAGCACCACGGCGAUCAUUACGACCCGGGUUUGAUUUAUGUGAAGCAAGAGUGGAUACCCACGACAGACGAACUCGCCAAGGAAUGGAACUAGACAUGUAGAUGAGAACUGGUAAAAAAAAAUCGUAAAUCUCAAACUUCCCCGUAUGAAAUCGUAUCCUUCGCGUAGAGCCGUCGAUAAGCACGAUAGGCGAUUAGCUAAUGCGACAAUUAGCAUAAUAAAUAUCUCUAGGAACAUCGUUAAUCGACGAAUAGCGUUCAUUCUCGCGAAAAAAAAUCAAGAAACUAACAGUUUUAUUUAUUACGCCGAACGAA